GUACACCGAGCUGCGAUCGCCUUGCAACACUGAUCCCGAUAACCAAUGGCGGCAAUUCUAACAACAAAAUAAAAACACAUACGUACGCUCUAUAAUUGUAGUGAAAAGGGAAAUAAUAGUAGUUUUAACUAUAAACGAUAAAUGGCAGAACCCCGCCCCGGCGCCUACAACUACAAGACCCUGCUAUGCACCAACAUCCCGGAGCUCUUCCUGGACAAAUAUGUGGCCCGCUCGCACUUCGGCCGCUUCGGCACUCUGAUGAACUUCGUCCUGCGACCGCGGCGAAUGACCUGCACGGUGAGCUAUGCCAGCGAGGAGGAGGCGGAGCUGGCCCUCCUCGAGGGCGCCACAUUCCAGGGCCACCAGUUCGGGAUUUCCUACGCGGAAAGCGAUGCGGCGCCGGCCCAGAAAACGGAGGAGUGGGUGGAUCCCGAUGUCCAGGCGGAGCUGAGUGUUUUGCAGUCCGGUUGGCGGAGUGAUUAUGCUGCUUCCAAGCCAAGUGCUGCUGCUGCUCCUCCUCCAAAUCCUCCCAAGAAUCCCUCACCCGCCGCCAGGGAGCUGGAGAACGUGAUGAGGCGACCGGCGCACACCAGCGAGGAGCGCUAUCGCGUGCUGGAGGCCCGCGAUAAGCUGAUGCGACUGAAUCAGGCGGCCAGAAAGAACCAGGAGGGCGGAGGAGCCACCCAGGGCCAUUGCCCGGACAUGUGUCCCGAAAAGGAGCGAGUUCUCCGCGAGUUCCAGCGACAGGUGGCCAUCUACGAGCUGCAGCCGGGCUCCGAUGAGCUGAUCUGCCAUGAGAGGGCAUUGAAGCAAUAUUCCCGGAGCAGCGCCGACCAGGAGACGCCGCUUCCCCACGAGCUGCGCGAUGAGAGGGCUUUGCACAUGACCAUGAGCUACCUGAUGCACGAGAUUAUGGACAUCUCCGAGCAACAGGAGUCUGGGCAUCAUAUGGGCGACUGGUUCCACUUCGUUUGGGACCGCACGCGCUCCAUCCGCAAGGAGAUCACCCAGCAGGAGCUGUGCUCCCUGGGCGCCGUCAAGCUGGUGGAGCAGUGCGCCCGCUUUCACAUCCACUGCGCCGCUCGCCUGGUGGCCGCCGAUCCCAGUGUCUUCGAUAGCAAGAUUAAUGCCGAGAAUUUGACUAAAUGCCUGCAGACCUUGAAGUAUAUGUACCAUGAUCUCCGGCUGAAGGGCGUUCAGUGUCCGCGGGAGGCGGAGUUUCGUGGCUAUAUCGUGCUGCUCAAUCUGGCCGAUGCCAACUUCCUGUGGGACAUUGGCCAGCUGCCCGGGGAGCUGCAGAGCUGCCCGGAGGUGCGGCAGGCCAUCCAGUUCCAUUUGGCGCUGCAGGACACGAACUUUGUGCGCUUCUUCCAGCUGCUGGUGGACGAGGAGACGAGCUAUCUGAGUGCCUGCAUUUUGGUGGCCUACUUUACGCGUCUCCGGGUUCUCGCCUUGCAUCGUUUGAUUCAGGCUUAUCGGGCGCCGCGCAAGGAUGAGGUCUCCUCGCUGCCGCUUAGCUACAUCACCGACAUGCUGAGCUUCGUCAGCGAACAGGAGGCGGCCGACUUUGUCCAGCACUACGGAUUGGAGGUCAAUGAGCUCGGGAGAGUGGUGCUCAGCCGGAUGCACACGGUGGAGACGGACUACAAGCUGCCGCGGCAAAUAGAACUGGUGGAAAUGAAGAGACUGCAGAGCGUGGGCGAGGUGAUUUGCGGGGAGCCGUUGCCGCCGCGGCACCUUUACCUCGACCACCGGCCGCACAACAGCUUCAAUGAGCACGGAGUGCUCAAGAGCGUCGCCUGGGCGGCCAAGGAUCAGUUGCCUGGCAUGGAGAAGGAGCAGCAGCAGCAGCAGCAGCAGGAGGAGAAGCAGCAGCAGCAGGAGGAGAUGCCUUCCCCGCAGAACGACAACUUCUUUAAAGUACCCUUACAACCCAGCGGCGGCGGCUUCAGCUUCGCUUUGGCCGAGCAGCAGCGCAGGGCGCAGGAGGAGGCCAAGCAUCAGGCGCUCCAGCUGGCCAUUGCGGCGGCCAAGGAGCGCGAGGCCGAACUGAUGGCCAUACACGAGGCCAAGGUAGCAGAGGCUGAGCGUAGAAAACUAAGGGAGCGGCAGGAGGAGCAGCAGCGCAGGCAAAGGGAGAAGGAGGAGCAGCAGAAACUAGAGAGACAGCGGGAGCAGGAGAAGAUAGAACUCCAACUGGAGCUGCAGCGCCAGCAGAAACUAGAGCAGCUGCGUCAGCUGGAAAAGCAGGAAAGGGAAGCCCGCAAAAAAGCCAAAACUUUAGAGUCCUAUCAGCAGAUAUUCCACUUAAGCCUCACUGAGAUUUGCAGGCGGGAGUUUCAGCUGCACAGCCAAGCCUGCCGCUCCUACGAAACCCUGAUCGACGAACUAACGCAUCAUUUGCUCGAGCAACAGAUGCAGCAAUCCCUCUACGAGCUGGGCAUCAUGCGGGUUUACAUGCGGCGGUGGCGCAACUACCGUCGCGCGCAGCAGCAGAAGGAUACACUCUUCAACCAGCUGCCCUUGAGUUUCGGCGCCGAUGAAUCGGAUCGCCUGGUGGAGGAGCGCAGCGUGGAGGAUUCACUGCGACUGAUCAGACGGUAUCGUUUGGGGGAACCCUGCGAUUACAGCAAACUGCUGGCUGGAAUGGAGGAGCAAAGCUGGCUGAAGCUCGAUCUUUGGCGCGUUCUGGAUGAGUGGCUGCCGCGUGGACAGCCAGGAGCAAGGCGCUUCUACAAGCUGCUGUUGAGUUUGCCCCAAGGAGAGGUGGGUUUCCAGUUGGAUUACCUUAUAAACAAAGGACUGCUGCAGCAUCCGAAAUCGCCAGAUGCUCAGUUGGCAUUGAAUAACGAUGGCUGCUACAUCAGGGGCUUCUCCCAGGGCAUCGCCUUGAGUGUGCUGAAGAUCUGGGAGGGCAACCAGGAGAAGAACAAACUCUCCGCGGCCAAUGGAAUUAUUUGCCUGGCGAGCGUGGAAAAUCAGCGGCAACUUCCCCAGCGUUUAAAGCAACUUUUGCAGGCCAGCGGCUGCCAGGAUGUGGCUGUAAUCCUACUGCAUCCUCCUCACAUCUCCUAUAAGGAGAACAAAGAGCUAAGGCACCUCGAUUUGGGACUCCACUCCUUUCAUAUCUUCCCCCUGCGGCAAUCGGCAAACCUCCGUCAGCGGUUGAUGAUCGAACUGGAGGCAGCUGUCAGAUUUUUGGCCAGAUCAAGGGAACGCCAGCCGGCGGAGGAGCUUCAGCAGGCGGAGCUGCGCGAGUUUGUGCUUGGCCAUCUGGGAACGGAGCUCUUUCGCCGCCUGCAGCAUGCCGCCGAGCAGGAUGCGGCCAUUCGGAAGGGCUGCCAGCGGUAUCCGCAGUUCUGCGUGGAUCUGUUCAACGAGGCAGUGCGUCGCCUGCAAACGGUGGCUGGCGAGGAUGUGCGGGACUGUCCGCUUUUCGCCGAGGAGCUGCGCGCCUUUGUGGAGCCACUGCCUAUAGAAGCAACCACCAAUCGCCUGGAGCACUUUGAAACCGGCUGGCAGUUGCCGGAGCAACGGCAGCGGAUUGUCCAGCUUCUGGAGCGCUGCAAGCUGCCGCAAUUGCCGCAGUUGCAGCAGGGGAGAUCCGAAUCCCUGUGCCAGUGGGUCCUAGACUGCGCACAAGUGAGUCAGCCGGAGGAUUGCGUGGAGCAGGUGGCCCUGCAGGCCAUUAAAAUCCUGCAAACCAACGAGGAGGAAGGCUACCUGCACUUUGUGGAGUUUCUGGCCAGCGAAAGACUGCAGUUCGGGCUGCGCGAGGCGGGGAAUCUGCCGAGGGGAAUUGUUUAUCGCACGAAGACGAUGCGGAGCUGCUUUCUGAGCGCCUGGUACUACGAGUUCCAGGAGCCGCAGAUCUGUGAAGUAGCUUCAAUCGAGGAAGAGCAGCCAAAGGAGAAGGAGAAGAUGGAGCAGCACCUUGACUUUGAUGAGAUCAUGAGCCGGGCGGAGGCUGUGCUUAGCAGGUGUCGCCGUCGCCAGGAAGAGGCACUGCGGGAUUACAAUGGAUCGUCGCAGAAAACAGCCAAGAGCAAGAGCAAAUCGAAGCUAUCUCGCGAUGCCGAAAAUCACUCUUUUUCAGUGUCCCGCUUGGUUUCGGUGCUCAGGGGCUCCCUCGGCGAAUCCCAGAUGAAUGCCACCGGUCAGGUGGAGUUCCGCUGGACGCCGCACCUCUCGUCGCUGGUUGGAGGAGGUUGUCCGGAUGGAAGAGAGAGGCUGUGGCGGCCGUACGUGAACUUCAACACCCGGCUCACCCGCAAGCUGUCCGCUUGCUCGAGCUUGAAGGCGAUGAGGCGGGGAUCCUCGAGCUGCGUGCUGCCUGUGAAUACCCGCCACGCCCCCAAAACGGUGCAGGGCGGCAAGUGGCCCAUCUGGCGGCACUCCUCGAUGCGACCGCUCCUGCUGCCCUCGUCCAAUCUUUGGACCAGUGUGCUCAGCCAGCGUUUCUAUGCCCCGCGGCUGCGUCCCGCCCACGAGGAUGAGGAGGAGCUGGUGGAACGCCGGGCGGUGCCCCAGCUGCAGGUGACCCAGGAGGAGUGCGAGGAGGAGGAGCAGCAGCUCCAGCGGCGAAGAGAUGGCAGUCGCCUGCGGCAUCAACAAUCGGCGAGGGAAAGGAAGCAGAAGGAUCAGGAGGAGCAACUGCCCAGCGCACUGAUGACCCCCGGAUUGGCCAGCAAGUGGAGGACCACCAGCAGCUCCACCAGGAGGCACCGGGAGCAGCAGCAGAACGUCCGUAUGACCACCCAGACCUGGCGAAGGCAUCGCAGGUGCCAGCCGAGCGGCGGCCAGAGGAUUCAGGUCGUCUCGGAACUCGAGGGCUGGCGGAGAUCGGCCAACCAUCAGCCGGUGCCCGUUUUUCAGGGACAACCAGCCGAGCAGGAGCACCUGCGGCAUGCCAGCUGCAGGACGAGCGCCAGGAGCAUGAAGGACGUCCAGCAGAGCAGCAAAAUGGUCUGGGAGCCCGAGGAGCGGUCACCAUGGGCUCGCACCAUGGAGAUUGUGGGCCGAAUGCCCAGCAUCCGGGCGGCCCAGUCGUCCCAGUCGUCCCUGCUGAUGGCCCAGGAGUCGCGGGGCAAGCACCACAGGCUGAUCACCAAGGAGCUGGUCUACAGGCCCAUAGGAGCGUCACAGGAUCAACAGGCGGAGGAGGAUCAACCGACCAGCGGAGGCGGAGGCAUCAAGAGAAGGCUGGCCAAACGUGGCGCACCGGAGCGGGCAUUGCUGCAGCAACAUCUGGCCGAUCUGCUGGCCUCCACUGAACCAAACGGCUCCUUUCGCAUUGGCUACCAGCCGAAUGCGCCCACCCGGCAGCUGCUCGAGCAGGGCAAGUGCCAUGUGUCGCUGCGUCGCGAGCAGUUCAUCCAUCUGCCGGCCGUGCUGCCCAAAUCGCUGAUCCAGGCGGCCGAUCUGGAGGUCAGGGAGUCGCCGCGCCGCGAGUCGCCGGCGACCAGGCUGCAUCGCAAGGACGGCGCCAAGCGGCCGCGUCCCGUGGAGGUGGUGGUCAAGCCAUCGCUGCUCACCGUCAUCCGGCAGGAGGCCCUCAACUGGGAGCCGCGUCUCGUGAGGAAUGCCGCCUCCCUGGAGGUCAAGAAACUGCCGCAGGUGAGCAAACUGGCGACGCAUCCGUUCAAGGAUCUCGAGGAGCCGCGCAUCAGGAACUCCCAGCGCAGCCGAGGGCAACAUCCCGGCAAGCGGAGCACCACCAGGGACAUGACCGAGGGCUACUUCCUGGCCAAGCGCAGCUCGUCGACGGCAAUCAAGCAGGGAUCAUCUAGCUCCUCCAAAAAGGUCAGGCCACCCAGGCAGCCGGUUCAAAGUCCAAAGGUUCAGGUGCCCAGCGUUCAGCGGAAGCAGAGAGCUCAGGAGAAGCUCUGGAGAUAAAGCUCCCGAUGAUCUAUAUUAUAUAUCAUCUGUUUUUACCAUGAAAACCCGGACGAAGAGAAGGCAAAUCCACAUUCGAAGCGGAAUUCCAAAUUGAGCAGUGAACACUACAAAUAUAUAUACAUGCACACCUGGUGAAUCGAUGCUCCUCCCCGGAGACCUCUUUGAAAUCGCAAGACCCAACCACUUCAAAACUCUAAAAAUUAUCUAUCCAAAACUGUCAGAAAUUCGAGAAAUUCAAAAUCACCGCAAGAGGGCGCUUUUUCUUCGAAAAUUAUCGCUUUCAUCACAUUUUUGGCACACAUUCUUAGUAGUUCUUCUUUUCAAGUAGCUUGGCCUUGUUCCUUUUUUUAUAUAGAUACUGUUUUUGGAUAAUCAGAGACAGCCGUGUUUCAAUGCCGUUUAAAUUGAGAAAUUAGUGUUACUAGGUGUCAAAAUCGUAGUUGUUACGUAUUAGCCAUUACCAAAAAAAAAAGGGAAGAAUGUCAAACACAUAACUCAAUACGCUUUAAAAUUAUGGACAGUGGUGACACUAUGUAUAAAUUCUGGAAUAAUAACGGAAAUAACUGGAUGUCUCGAA